ACAACGACUUAUAGGGAUAAGUUAACCUGUGGCGGUUGUUUCAUAAAUAAUAAUAAACCGAUAACAAAAUCAAUUUUUGAGAAAAAAGAUCAGUAUAUUAAUUAAACUAGGAAAAUAAUUUGAAAUGACAUCAGAAAAGGAUCCUUUGGUCAGCGAAAGGUCCGGGGCAGUACGAGAAGUAGGAAAUAAUGCUAUUUGGAGUCUAUCCUCCUGCAAACCUGGCUUUGGUAUUGAUCAAUUAAGAGAUGAUUGCAUGGAUACCUAUUGGCAAUCUGAUGGUCAAUUGCCACAUUUAGUAAAUAUUCAAUUUCAACGGAAAACCAUGGUAUCACAUAUUUAUAUCUAUACAGACUAUAAACUUGAUGAAAGUUACACACCAAGUAGAAUUUCCAUCCGUGCUGGAACACAUUUUAACGAUCUACAGGAAAUUGAAGUUAUAGAAUUGAUAGAACCCAGUGGUUGGGAAAUGAUUCCUAUUAAGGAUCUUGAUGACAGCCCAAUACGGACUUUUAUGAUACAAAUAGCUAUUCUAAGCAAUCACCAAAAUGGACGUGAUACUCACAUGAGACAGAUAAAAAUUCAUUCUCCAUGUGAGCCAACAAAUUUGGACAUUUCCAAGUUCAGCAAAUUUACAACUGUUCAGUGCCAGCAAUAUGCAACAAUAAGAUGAAAUAACUACGCUUUUAAUUAAUUAAACUUGGAACAUGUA